ACUUUUGUCUCUAGGGUUUCUCCUUUCAUGGUUUACUCAGUAUAACUAAAUGGAUUUUGCCCUCCACGAAUCCUCCUGUGAUGUGCACUGCGAUCAUGGCAAUGAAAACGAAUCCUUUUCUUGGUUUGAUAACCAUAAUUAUUAUAACUAUGUUCAUGCUAACGGUAGGAGGGGAAAGCAUUGACUCGACUACAUGCGUGUGCAAUAGGAACAUGUGCAACGCUGUAACCUUGGGUGCUGUCGAUUUCCAGACAUCGGGGGAAACAUGCCAAAAGAUGGAAGGAGAGCUAUUGACAGUUCGAUCUGCAGCAUCAGACAAAAUUAUUGGAGAUUUGCUUGUAGGCUUAACGGGAGACUUCUGGAUCGGUUUGCGCCUACCAGCUGACCGAUGUAGCAACAUCGAAUCGAAAUUGAGAGGUUACCAGUGGGCAACUGGAUUUCAAAUCACAGAAUUCAGCAACUGGAAAGACAACGUAAAUGUCUGCGCUCCACGGUGUGUGUCCGUUUCUACCGAUCGAAUGUGGACAGAACGACCUUGUCAGGAAAAAGUCGAUGGAUUUUUGUGUCAGAAUGUACAUAAAAGCAUAUGCCAAACACCGCAAAUGGAGGCUCACGAGUUUUUUCAUCAAGGAAAUGGUGGUGAAGGAUGCGCUAUGGCUCCUUGCGAACAUAUAUGCACAGACGUACCAGGGGGCUACACAUGCUCGUGUAAAGAAGGAUAUAUUCCAAGUAGCGAAAAUACGCACUUGUGUAAAAUGCACUGUUUUUUGGCCAAAUGUCCAGUAAUAUGCGACAGACACAGUGCUGGGACACAAUGUGAUUGUCCUAGUGGCUUCAUAAAGAGUGACGAUUAUUGCCACGAUAUUGACGAAUGCGACCAUGGAUAUUGUGAUCAAAGUUGUGCUAACACGGCUGGAAGUUUUGUUUGUUCGUGCAGUGCAGGAUUUUCCCUUCAAAAUCUCGUGAAAUGUGUCAAAACAGUCGGAAAUGAAAGUGUUCCCUUAACAACGCCUGUCCACAGCGACUUUUUAGCGCCAGGUGUUAACUUUACAAGUAAUGUCUCAUCAGCAACAGCCGGGGGGUUUCUUUGGGUAUGGAUUUUCAUUGCAGUGGCGGUCAUAGUACUGAUACUUGUUGUUCGGUAUUGUGUUAUUAAGCGUCAUGAGCAGAAUGUCGAUGGCCAACAGAGAUGUAAUGAUGAGGCGUUAUAGAAACCAGUGACUGCCACAUUAAGGAAUGAGGAAAAGCUACUCAAGUUGGGGAGGGGGUUCAAUGCUACUGUUGUGACUGUUGUUCAAUAUUACUUCUAGAGCUAUGUUGUCAUAAAUGUUAUGAAACCUAAAUAAAGAUGUCUAAAAAAGAAACAACGAAUGACUUAUAGCAUUUUCAUAUGUAGAACAUUCUCAUAAUGGUUGCUAAAUAGUGUAUGAUAAAAAAAGAAA